CAUGGUGGUAGUCCGUCUGCCAGAGCAAAUCCUCCUUGAACUUUCUUGAACGCCCCCUUGGAAGCCUUCUCUUCUCCAUCGCGCUUGUGCUUACACUCAUCCCAUCGCCACCCCAAUGAUUUUCCGCGACAUCCUCCUGCAACUUGUUAUUGGCACUUGCUUUUUGCGUACGUUGAGUACUGCUGCCAGUAUACCCCAGGGCCGAUCAAUAGUCUCCCGGAAGCGCGACUUUGGAAUUCAGGUUUCCACCAAAACGAACCCCUCAGUCCGAAGUCUAACAUCAUCUGAGGUCCACUUUGUGAAAAAAAGGGAUGACGAGAAGUGGUUCAAACAACUUGAGGCAAGUUUUAACCGGAGGUUGAAGACUUGCGAUUCAAUUGAUCAAUUUAAAAAGGUCUUUUGGAUCGACUACAGUCCGACACGCCGCUGGGAAUGGUGCAAAGGAUAUGGUCAACCCGUUUUCGGUAACCGAUUGAUUUUUUUUCAGCCCCCACACACAGCUGUGCACUUAUAACUACCUUACAGGAAAAGAUUUGACCAGUAAACUAAUUGAACGGGUGUCCUUCUCAGAGAAAGGGUCGAACAACAAAGGAAUCUUUACACUACAGACUGACUACACGGCUGGCAGUGGCGAAAACGUUCGAACCUAUCCAAAACAGACUGUGAUUGCAAAACUAAUCAAUCAUCGGUUGGAAGCUAGAGCAGCAUGUGAAGUCUGGGCAUUGAACCAUUUUGGACUUCUCAUUGAGGCGGGUCGGAUAACAGCUGAGGCUCAGGAUACGGUCGGUGUUAUCGUUAUGCAUAAGCAACCCGGGAAACCAUUACAUGAUGUCGAAGAGUGGAAUACCGCCCCAGUCGAUCAAAAACGGGCGGUUGUACAAGACCUUCGGGAACAGGUCCAGGACCUGAUAUACCGGUGGAUCCAAGAAAAGGGUGUUGUCCAUGC